CAGCAACAGAAGAUAAUCUUGGGCAAGAAGAUGGCGAAUUGCUGGGUCACAUCGUCAACUGGGAAGCCUCCACGUACCCACGGAAGCGGUGGAAAGUUUCGGCUUAACAGUUUGAUUUCGCAUAUUUAGGCCUCGUGGGCGUAUAGUUCUGUUUUAUGUACCAAUCAAAUAAUGUAGCUGGGCGGGCCUGGUCCUUGUCCUUGAUUGUUUUGAUGUUACUCCAUGACGUUAAGUCAAGGUUUCCCCAUGACGCAUGAAGCCUAGUACUAGUAUUAGCAGCCAGUGUCCGAACUGUGAAUGAUCAGUCUACUGUUUCCAUCGUUCCGACCACCAACAUGCCACCUCCGGUCAUUAACAUCACAAUUCAUAAACUAAACACUAUGCAGUUCCGCCAUGUCGGAGCUGACCAUCCGAUCUAUCCCAAGAUCGUGGAGAUUGCAAGAGCUCUCGCCAGACGCGAUAGCGUAGACGGUGUAGUCACCCCGGAUGAGAUGUUACCCUCGCACUCGUCCUUCCUUGCCAUUUUAAAUGCCACCACCAGUGUCCUGGAACAUUCCGGUCUUCAUCUUUCCAGGCUCGAUCCCUUGUCACGCCAGAAGACCAUAUGCUUCUCAAUUGAUCUGAAUAACAUGGUGGUAAGGGAUGUCACCCAGGGCUCCGAGGGCAUCCCGGACUUUCCUUUACCCGCAGACGAAGGCGUGCAGAACGAAUUGAAGAUUUUCAUAACCGAACAAGUGAAUGAAUGGAAGAAGGAUGAAGAAUCACGAAGGCAGGAGCAAGAGAUAAAGAGGAAGCAAGAACAUGAACGUCGCAGAAAGAACGCAAUCGUUUUCUUGCACCGUCUUGUGGAGUUGGAACUUGUAGAUCCAGAGGUGCUGGAACAUGAUGCCCCCACUACUACCUGCCCACUGUGCUCCCACGACCUUAUCCGAUGCCGUGCAUGCGGUGUACACGCGUGCGAGAACUCGAGCUGCAAGGCAUCUUCCAUCGUCUCCGUCGUGGGCUGCUCUUACCACGACCGAGAAUUCUUCUGCGUUCCCUGCGCAACACCUCAAACUGGCCGGUGUCCAAUAUGUUCUCAGUGGUAUUGCAUGGAGUCACUGAGUUGGUGUGUUGGACGGCCUGAAGGCGGUACUGAGUGGACCCCUACCCCUAGACCUAACCACACAGCAUUUGAAAUCAUCGAUCCUAUCAAAGACCCAGAUACGGAGGACGACCACCAGCCCAUCAGCCACGAGCACCCUCCAAGAAUCGCUCCUUGUCGGGACUGCGUCCGCCAGGGUCUCGCUUCAGCGUGGUGCCGCUGUGGUAACCUUUACUGCUGGUCCCGUAAUCGCAAUCGUUUUCGAGAUAUGGUCUGCUCAGACUGCGAACCAGGAGGGCGUACAUGCGCAUGUUCACGAACAUGGCUGUGUGGACUCUGCUCAGCCGACCCAUCCGGGACGCCGUUCAUCAACUGCCCAAGCUGCAAAGUCGUGUAUUGCCAGGACUGGUGCGCAUACAUCCAGAGCUGUACAGUUUGCAGUAGGACAAGGCUGUGUGAUGACUGCAUUGAAGAGGAGGGAGAUACGGAACAGCUUCAACUCCCGUGUCCGCGGUUCACUGGGAAGUGCGGGAUAUGCCGUCGCCAUAUCUGCGAUAACUGCGUACCCCGCUUAUCGAGGUGCUCCAGUUGUGGUCACUGCUACUGUCAUCGAUGUAGAUGGACUGAGGCAGCGCAUUCAUGCAAAACUUGCGCGUCCCCCAUGUGCAGGGAUUGUACACGAAACUGGGAUGAUUGCCGGCAGUGCAUAGAUGCAAAGUAUCCAGGUUACAAGGGACAUCGUGCUAGCAGUCUCGUAACGUUUCCACCCUUGUACUGAUGGAAAGGCUUGGUGCCAGUAGGUAGAAUAUAUUAGUGGGCCGACCAGGAGCUAGAUCUUCUAUGUGUGUAUUACGAGACAAUUUAUCAUUCCAGGCUCACCGACACUUUCGAACGAAAAGCAAGACAUCGUUUUGAAACCUCAACAUUCAGGAGUA